ACGGGAAGUCGAAGCUAGGUCUUCUGCCGCCAGAUCUGGUACUCCUUUUAGUUAUGCAUUGUGCAAUGGUAGGCAAGUCAUUUUAUCCCUCUGGACCUCGGUUUCCUCAUCUGUAAAAUGAAGAUGCCCGUGUGAGGUCGCUUUCAGUUCCAGCGCGCUCCGGCCAUGACGGCUCAUUCCUUCGCUGUCCCGGUGAUUAUCUUCACCACCUUCUGGGGCCUUAUCGGGAUUGCCGGGCCUUGGUUCGUGCCCAAGGGGCCCAAUCGCGGGGUAAUCAUCACCAUGUUGGUCACCACUGCUGUCUGCUGUUACCUGUUCUGGCUGAUUGCCAUCUUGGCCCAGCUGAAUCCUCUGUUUGGGCCCCAGAUGAAGAAUGAGACCAUCUGGUAUGUCCGAUUCCUGUGGGAGUGACGACUGCCAUCAUCUGUCCCAGCUUCUCCAGCCCUCUUGCUCUUCUACUGAUUUCAGGCCCAGUUAACCCUGAUGGUCCUCUCACCUCUCCAUCUCUGUGUUCUUGGUAUUAUUCUAUUGUCUCUUCAAUUUGGUCACUUUUAGACCCAAAUCUUACCAUUGGAUUUGAGCAGGAACCCAGCCCAAUUCUAAGAAAUAGCCUUUUCCCUGGGAGAUCUGGGGCUCAAGGGAGAGAGACUUGUAAUUCAGGCCAGAGUGAAAGGAUUGUCAGUUUUUAGCACCCCCUUCCCUCCUUCUCUCCAGGUCCACUUAAUCCCCUGCCAAAUAUGUGAUUUUUCUUUCUACAAAUGUGACUAAGUGUAGAGAUUUUCCCACACUCUGAAAUCAGAUUUGAACAUAGGAAGAUGAGGAUAGGUCUCUGUUGAGUGUGUCCAAUAUUCCUAGGGUCUGGGAUUGAGUUUUUGGAUAGGAGGUAAUAUAAUAUAGAGCAGAGCUUCUUAAACUUUUCCCGCUCACAACCCUCUUUAGCCUGAGAAAUGUUUAUGCAACCUCCGGUAUAUAGGUAUGAAAAACAAGUAUACAAAUCAAACAUUUACUGAUAAUAAAUCGUAAUUUCAUGGCCUUCACAUUCAGUUUUGAGACCUCAUAUGCAGUCAUGAGCCACAGUUUAAGAAGCUUUGGUUUAGAAGAUACUUUGGAUCAUGAAUUUUGAGACCUGCAAUCUUCCUGGACAAGUCAUAACCUCUCCUGGCCCUGUAAGGGAGUUGUAUUGAGAUUCUUUCCAGCUCUUAAUAUUUGAUUUUCCCUUUAUGAUUCUGCAAUAUACUUUGAUAUAAAAUUUGUGGACAUUGUGAGCCAUGGGGGAGGGGAGAGGAAUCUUUCUUUUCUUUCUUGGAAAAACAUAGAAUUGGAGUAAAAACUAAAAAUAUAUGAAAUAAUUGUUAAAUGUUCUUUUCAGAG